AUGCUGGACCGACUUACACUAUUUUCAACUCAGGGGGCAAAGAAAGGCGCAACGUAUGCGCAAGAAAAUCCCGAUCAGGUGAAAAAAGGGUACAGCAAAGUUAGAGAGCACGAUGAUGACAUCAAGAAAGGUUAUAGUAAGGCCCGAGAGCACGAUGAGGAUAUAAAAAAAGGCUACAACCAUGCCAGAGACAAUCCAGAUCAAGUGAAGAAGGGCGUUGACUUUGCGCAAUCGCACCAAAAAGAGACUAAGCAAGGAUACAAUUACGCGAGGGAGAAUCCCGAUCAGGUCAAGUCCGGUUACAAUUACGCCUCUACACAUCAGGACCAG